AUGGCAGAGGUACCAGCAUCUGAAGAUAUAUCAACCUCUCAACAACCACAAUUAUCCUCAUAUAGUUUACCUCCACAGUUCUCAAAUGAGCCAGAUGUAAGGACUAUGGCGUCUAUUAAGGCGACCCUUUCAAAAAAAGCUGAGGAACUGGUCAAGGCAGGGCAGCCCUAUGUAAUGACUAGUUUAGGUCCAAUCCCAUUACCUGAUAAUGUAAGAAACCAAAUCCCUGAGAAGUUUGUUGCAGCUCCAGUUCUUGAAGAACGUGAAGUUAUUGUUGCUAGAAGAGAAGUACAAGAGAGAAUUAUUGAGGUUCCGCAGAUUCAAUAUGAACAUAAGUUUGUGGAAGUACCGCAAAAGGUCGUAGUAGAGAAAAUUAUUCCAAUCCCAAAAGAUGUUGUUAGAGAAGUUGAAAUUCCUCGCUAUACAGCAACUGUUGAAGAGAAAGUCAUUGAAGUUCCUCAAGGUGUCAAAUUUGUUGAAGUCCCUGUUGAGGUUCCUAUUGCUUAUCCUCCAAGGAUUGUUCCUGUUCCCAAGCCAUAUAUUGUUGAGAGAACCGUUGAACUUUCUCGCCCAGUAAUUGAAGAACGUCUUCUAGAAAUCCCACAAAAAGUUUAUCGUCAAGUCCCAUACUACAAGGAUGUUGAAGUACCUUUUGUUGUUCCAAGAUAUGUUGAAAAACUUGUUGAAAUUCCAUUCCAUCCCGGAAUGAUGUAUGAUGAAAACAUGCUCAACCAAUCUAUUCCACCUAUUCCGCCUCAAUCACAGCAACCUUUCAUGAUGGGAGGUCCUGGUUCUGCUCCAACUAGUGCUCCUCUAUUGUCCAUGCCUCCACCAAUGUAUGGUACAAAUGAUCCUGAAGAUGUUGCAUCAGAUGGAUUACCAUCGCAUCCUGCAAUACCUCCAUACCAUAUGUUGCCACAGCCACAGCCAGGUGUAAUACCUCAAAUGAUUCCCUUGGCAAACUCAUAUGCAGCUUUCCCGCUUCCACAGGGUGUUGCAAUGUCAUCUCACAUGUUGAACUCAGGCAAUAAUGCACAUAUCCCAGGCAAGACACCUAUACCUUUUAAUCCUCCUCAACAACCUCCACAACAUCUUCUCAAUGGAGCUAACAUUAAUCAAAUACAAUUCCCUCCAAAUCUACGUCAUCAAUAUCCGUAUCAAUACCCUCCUCAGCAGUAA